CGCUCCCUGGCAACGGCGGCCACCCCGGCCGGGCGGCAGCAGCGGGACAGGCAGGCUCGCCGCGCUCAGCCAGGCUUGUGGUUUUGGAUCUUCUUUCCCAAGCUGUUUAAAGGAGAUUUGGGGGGAAUCAUAGCUAUAUGAUCGGCAAACAUCUUCAUCGCUAAAGUAUGGUAUAAAUAACACUAAGCAUUACUUUACCUGUGAUCACUUUGCAUGCAGCUUCCAUACAAUACAUCUUCUCUCUUGCAAUGUCAUCAUCAUCAUCUACUUCAUCUUCACCAUCACCACCACCAAGGCGACCUGGUAGACCCACCAUAUAUUCCCCAUUAGAAAAAAAGAGGAGGAGAAAGAGUCUAGAGAGAAAAAGGGCUCAAUCAAGGAUAUGUAUAAGAGAACAAAUAGGAAGAUGGAUGUCACUUAGGGAAACGCUUAAUGUCUUCUCACAUGCUGAAGUUGCCAGGUUUUUGCUGGACUUAUAUGACAAUUAUGAAAACCGAGAUGUGUGCAAGGAAUCAGAAGUGAAAAUACAGGAAGCGGAUGGAAACUCAACAUUAAAUGCAGAAAAGGAUGUGCCAGAGACCUCUCUAACAGCAGGCACUGAAAGAUUGCUAUGUGAAGAUUUAAAGGAUGGGUCUACAGACAGUUCAGGGGAAGAGUGCACUAUUGAUAAUGAAUAUGACCUUUUUAAAAGUUUUUCUUCAGUUAAACACUUGAAAAAUGUGUCUAUAGCAGAGGAUAUAUUGGGUAUUACAGAUGAAUGUGAUGAUGGUUCACAAGGUGACUUUAUAGAAACCUUUGAGGAGACAACUCAUGAUAUGACUUUGGAUGACACCCAGGAUAUUUCUCAUGAAAAAAUUCACAUUGUUUAUGAACGAUCCCUUCUUCAACUAGCCAAAAAAAUUGUUAUACCAAAAUGUAUGUUUUGUGCUGGUGAAGUUGAUAUUUCUGUACAACCUGUUUCCUCCUGUGUGCAUUUGAUAUGGAAAUGUAGUGCAGGACAUAUAGCAUUUGAAUGGUCUUCUCAACCCUUGGUAAAAGGACAGACCCAUGCAGGAGACCUUGCUUUAUCUGCUGCAAUCAUACUGUCAGGAAACAAUUUUGGAAAAAUUUCACAAAUGGCAAACUUUAUGAAGUUGACAUUCAUAAGUGCAAGUACAUUCUUCAGAAUGCAACGUCACUUUAUUGUUCCAACUAUAGAAUCCUUCUGGUGUCGAAUGAAGCAACACAUUUUAGAGGAACUACAUGGGAAGGAAGUAGUCAUUUUGGGAGAUGGACGCAUGGAUGGCCCUGGCCACUCUGCACAGUAUUGUGUAUACUCAUUCAUGGAUUUAGAAACUAAACAAAUUUUAGCUAUUGAAAUAGUGGAUAAACGUAAAACGCAGCUGAACUCCCCAUUUAUGGAGAAGGAAGCCUUUAGAAGAGGAUUACAAAAGUUGUUGGAUGAACAGCUAAUGGUCAAAGAAGUUGUUACUGAUUCACACACUCAGAUCUCUGCUUUGAUAACAAAGAAAUUUCCCUGUAUAAUCCAUUCAUAUGACAUAUGGGGUGGUGCCAAAAAUCUUGGAAAUAAAUUAAUUGAGGCUAGCAGACAGAAGGAUUGUCGCUGUCUUUUACAAUGGUGUUCAGAUAUUGUCAAUUAUUUCUGGUUUUGCUGCAAGGAAGCAAAUUCAUAUGAAAAAUUUAUUGGAAUGUGGUGUGGCUUAGUUCAUCAUGUGGUCAAUGAACAUCAGUGGGCUAGUGGAAACGGCAUCAUUGAGGGACGGUGCAAACAUGGUCCUCAAAUGGAUGAAAGAGAAAAGGAAUGGCUAGAAAAGGGAAGCAAACCUCACACUGAAAUGUGCAGAAUAAUUUUGGAUAAAAAGUUUCUGAGAAACAUCCCAUACUUUCUACAGUUUAGAUCCACAUUUGAUCUGGAACAGUUUCAGCAGCAUGUGCAUAUGUAUGCUCCCAAAAGAUUUGAGUACACGUAUACAGUGUACAGAGCAAGAUGUUUUUUGGCUGCUAUUGAUUACAAUAUGCAUUUGAACCGGCAAACCAUGCACAAUCAACAGAAUCAGUUAAUAUACCGUAGAAUUUACCAUAGGAAAUCUGGGAGAUGGACCUUGGUACCCAAGAAAGAAAAUAAGCAUUAUGUAUAUACUGAUGACAUAAUGGAGGAGAUAUUUCAACGCCGUUUGGGGAUGUAGCAAGAGAUCCUGAAGGCGAAACCUCUGAAACCAAAUAUUUCAAGACUGAUUGCAAAAUGAAUUAUCCUAAUUAGCCUUCUUUCACAAUUAAAAAAA